AUGUUUGUGUGUGUGCAAAACUAUCCACUCUCCUCAGACUUCGAGCCCGGCUUCUCCACCCUGCUCCUCCUUCAGGAGAACAUGGGGGAACUGAACUCCUCCGCCCUGCACAGCGACAGCCUGGCCUCGGUCAGCGAGCUGGUCAUCUCCGGCGCCGGCCUCACGGGGAUGGCGCCGGGCGCCCUGGGCUCCUUCGUCCGGCUGGAGAUGCUCCGCCUGCCGGACAACGCUCUGUCCCGGGUCAGCGCCGGCUGGCUGGGCAGCCCCCCCGUCCUCCGGGAGCUGGACCUGGCGGGGAACCGCAUCCGGGUCCUGACCGGCUCCACGCUGGAGGGGCUGCCCGGCCUGACCAAGCUCAACCUGAGCGGGAACGGCCUCAGGGAGCUGCACCCGGGCAGCCUGGCCGCCCAGGGGGGGCUGCUGGAGCUGGACCUGUCCGGGAACCGGCUGACCGGGGUCCCCCCGCCGCUCCUGGGGGGGCUGGGCGCCCUCAGGGCCAUCAGGCUGGACGGGAACCCCUGGAACUGCUCCUGCGGCCCGGACCAGGAGGCCUUCCUGGCCUCUGUGAAGGAGCUGAAGAGCCGAUCGCUGCUGGACAGAGCGAUGGCUGUGACCUGUGAGACCCCCCCGCCCCUGAAGGGUCAGCCUGUGUGGAGCGUGUCCGCGUGCCCCGGGUCCCCCACACCGGCACCCCCCACCGGGGACCCCCCCACGCCGCCCGCCUCCCCCGCACCUUUUUCAUGGCCACAGACUGGAACCAAACCACAGACAUCGCCCUCGUCCACCGGGGCGACUGACUCCAAAGAGUUCAAACCCUCCACAAAGACUUCCUCAAUCUCCUCACGCCCCGGUGCACGAGCCGUCCCGUCUCAGACCUGCCUGCUCGUCUCUGUGAUCGCGCCGCCCCUGCUGCUGCUCUGCGUCCUGCCGCUGCUCCUCUGCCUGCUGGCCCGCCACGCCGUGGCGCCGGGACCAGGGAGGGGGGGCAGGAAGAGGGGGCUGGGAGCGGUGGAGGAGGAGGAAGACGAGGAAGAGGAAGAGGAGGAAGAAGAGGAGGAAGAGGAGGAAGGAUCGACCCAGGAGGGCAGAGACCCAGAGGCGGUUUGGAGCAGAACCCUCGGAGGAGUCAGAGCAAAGUCGGCCCACGCCGUCAUCCUCACCUCCCCGUUCAACGUGUCCGGGGGAGAAACGCCAGCCGGGGGGGGGGAGGAGGCUCACGGCGCGGGGAGGGAGGGCGAGGAGCAGAGAGGAGACGCCGCUCCAAAACCGGAGGGGAUCGGCCCGGACCCAGUGCCGUACCUGAGCAUCGGGGAGAGCCAGAACCCCCCCGCCGCCGAGGGGGGGGCGGGGCAACUGUCCCGGGGGGGCGGAGCGAUGGGGAGGACCUCCACCUGGCCCCCGACCGCCGCCCAGUGGCAGCUGAGAUGGAAGAAAAAGGAGGAGGAGCAGGAGGAGGAGGGAGGUGUUGUUGUUUGGGUCCAAAACAAAAGGAUGGAGGUCCCACAUGAGGUGGAGGCGAUUUCAAAUAAGGUGGAGGGCCCCCCCCGCUCCGAUCCGGGUGAGGAGGAGGAGGAGGAUGGAGCUGAGGAGGAAGGAGGCUCAGCUCCCAGGAGCCCGAGGUGUCCUCAGAUUCUCCCAGAGGAGCAGCAGCAGCAGGAGGAGGAGGAGGAAGAGGAAGAGGAGGCGCACACCCACAGGAAACCCACCCGGGAGGGGGGGCAGCGGAGCCGGGAGGGGGCCGGCAGAGGGCCACCCAGAGCCGGCCGAGGGGAGUCGAGAACCGGGGAGGAGCCCGGGCGCAAAGAGGAGAGCAGGGGGCGUCGGCUGGAGGAGAGCAGGGGGGGGCGGAGGGCAGAAGAGGGCGGGGCCAGCGGCGGCGGUUCCCCGGACGACGCCACGCUGCUGACCGGGAACCAGCACGUCUUCAUUGACCUGCUGCAGGAGGUGGCCCAGAACAGCGGGCGCUGGACACGAGAGCGCUGGAGGCAAACGCACGCCAACAAGCUGCAGAUCAGACAGCAGCAGCAGAGGUAG